AUGUCGUUCGGCGGAUUCGGCAACUUUGGUGGCUUUGGUGGCUAUGGGGACUUCGCCAACUCGGUGUCCGCGAUGGCGUUCAAGGUGUUGAAGGACGACGCGCCGCAGCUCAAUCAGCCGACGCGCGAACGCAGGGCCACGGCCAGCACCAGCGUCCCCGUGCCUAAGAUGGAAGUCGAGGAGCUCCCGUCCGGCGCGCUCGUCCUGGCCGUCGACGUGCCUGCCGGUGUCAGCCCCGCCGACGUCCGGGUCCAGGUCGAGGACGGCAACGUCCUCGUCAUCACCGGCGAGUGCGAGCACCCCGCCGCAGCGGAGGCGACGGGCAAGUUCGAGCGGAUCCGGUACCCGCCGCCGGAGAGCGCCGACCUGGACAGCAUCCGCGCCGAGUACAGGGACGGCGUGCUCUCCGUUACCGUGGAGAAGCUGCCGCCGCCCGGGACCAAGAAGCCGCGCAUCGUCGAGGUGAAGAUCAGCGCCGUAGGCGAUGAGCGCGGGUCGGCGUGA